ACGUGUGACGCAACGUGCGCGGUGACGCAGGGCGAAGGCGUAAGCCGCCAUUGUUGGUCGGGACCAAGGAGACGGGAAGAGCCUUUGGACUUGCUUUGGACUGCAGGAUGGGUCACGGGUUUGGAGACUUGGCCAGGGUGCGGCACAUCAUCACCUACACCCUCUCCCCGUUUGAACAGAGGGCCUUUGCAAAUUACUUCUCCAAAGGCAUCCCCAAUUCAUGGAGGCGUUUCCGUGAGCAUGUUUUCCGCGUUGUGCCCCCAUUUGUGAUAUCGUACAUGAUUUACACCUGGGGCAACCGCCAACACGAAUUGUCUAUGAAAAAGAAUCCUGCCGACUACGCCAACGACAACUAGAUUGAGAUGUCGCGGCAAUCUUCCCUACAGAUCUACACAGAGUAUUUUCACCCAACAAUCUCACCUGCUCACUUGUGCGGGAAACUGUCCAGUCUAUUGAAAUAAAGUAUUUAUUAUACGCUGUU